GCACCAAGCCUAUAUAGGAAGGAAUAGGACAUUAGAAAUAUCUUCAUCGUCAUCCGCAUCACCUACCAUUUGGGCUCCAAUGGCUUCUCUGUCUUCCGUACUCCUCAUCCUCUCCCUCUUUUACAUCCCUGCUCUAAUCAUCGCUGCCUCAUCCGACGGUCGGGAAACCUACAUCGUCCAUGUUGCCAAGGCCCAAAAGCCCUCCGUUUUCCCCACCCACCACCACUGGUACUCUUCCAUCCUCCGCUCUCUCUCCCCCCUUUCCGCUCACCAUCCCCCUACCAAGCUCAUCUACACCUAUGACCACGCUGUUCACGGCUAUUCUGCCCGCCUCUCCUCCUCCCAGGCUGCAGAGCUCCGCCGUCGCCGCGGCGUCCUCUCCGUUGUCCCCGACAGCGUCCGCCAACUCCACACCACCCGCACCCCUCACUUCCUCGGCCUAGACGACUUCUUCGGCAUCUGGCCCAAUUCUGACUACGCCGAGGACGUCAUCGUAGCUGUCCUCGACACGGGCAUCUGGCCCGAACAUCCUAGCUUCUCUGAUGAAGGCCUUCCUCCUGUUCCUUCAAGCUGGAAAGGUGUAUGUGAGACGGGCCCGGAUUUUCCCCCAGCUUCGUGUAACAAAAAAAUUAUAGGCGCUAGAGCUUAUUACAAAGGAUACGAGGCCUAUUUGGGAAUGUCCUUGCAAGAAGCAGGAGAAUCCAAGUCCCCUAGAGAUUCAGAAGGUCAUGGAACGCAUACCGCAUCCACCGCAGCUGGAUCGGUGGUGAAGAACGCCAGCCUCUAUGAAUACGCUCGAGGCGAGGCCAGAGGAAUGGCGAUUAAGGCCAGGGUUGCCGCCUACAAGAUCUGUUGGACCGCAGGAUGUUUCGAUUCAGAUAUAUUAGCAGCCAUGGAUCAAGCCAUUGACGAUGGAGUUCACGUCAUCUCCCUUUCUGUUGGCGCCAAUGGCUACGCUCCCCAGUAUGAUCAUGAUUCCAUUGCAAUUGGUGCGUUUGGCGCUGCGAAGUACGGGAUCGUGACCUCUUGCUCCGCGGGAAAUUCUGGUCCAGGUCCCUACACUGCCGUGAAUAUCGCGCCGUGGAUUCUUACAGUCGGUGCUUCCACCAUCGAUCGGGAGUUCCCUGCGGAUGUUGUUCUAGGCGACGGAAGCAUAUACGGCGGCGUGUCGGUGUAUGCCGGCGAGCCUCUGGGGGAUACUCAGCUUCCGCUGGUUUAUGCAGGGGAUUGCGGAAGCAGGUACUGUUAUGAAGGCAGGCUUGAUUCUUCCAAAGUCAAGGGGAAGAUUGUGAUAUGCGACCGCGGUGGUGGAAAUGCCAGAGUGGCCAAAGGAAGCGCAGUCAAAUUAGCCGGUGGCGGCGGGAUGAUACUGGCAAACCUUGCAGAUUCCGGGGAAGAGCUCAUCUCGGAUUCGCAUCUAAUUCCGGCUACGAAUGUGGGGCAAACGGCCGGCGACAAAAUUAAGAGCUACCUCAGGUCUGAACCCUCGCCGACGGCUACCAUUGUUUUUAGAGGAACGGUUAUCGGGAGCUCACCGUCGGCGCCGCGUGUGGCGGCAUUCUCGAGCCGCGGUCCGAAUCAUUUGACGCCGGAGAUUCUAAAGCCAGAUGUGAUUGCGCCCGGGGUGAAUAUCCUAGCUGGUUGGACCGGGUUGGCUGGCCCAUCCCAGUUGGACAUUGACCCGAGAAGGGUGGAGUUCAAUAUUGCAUCGGGGACCUCCAUGUCGUGCCCUCAUGUGAGUGGAUUAGCGGCACUGCUUCGUAAAGCCCAUCCAAAGUGGACUCCGGCGGCUAUUAAAUCGGCUCUAAUGACCACUGCUUACAACGUGGACAACAUCGGAGAGAGCAUUAAGGACCUUGCCACCGGGGAAGAGUCGAACCCGUUUGUUCACGGGUCGGGACACGUGGAUCCCAACAGGGCGCUCAAUCCUGGUUUGGUUUACGACCUGGGAACCAGUGAUUACGUGGCAUUUUUAUGUGCCGUCGGGUACAGUCCGGGGAGGAUAGCAGUGUUUGUGAGGGAUGGGCCUGUUCCGGUGGAUUGCGGUGCCCAGGGGAUGGGUACCCCGGGAGACUUGAAUUAUCCAUCGUUCUCGGUGGUCUUCAGUCCCGGCAACAGCGUGGUUAAGUAUACGAGGGUAGUUAAGAAUGUGGGGAGCAAUGCAGAGGCCGUGUAUGAGGUGAAAGUAAAUGCUCCUCCGUCUGUGGAGGUGACUGUUUCACCGAGUCAGCUGGUAUUCAGCCAAGGGAACGAUACGUUGUCGUAUGAGGUCUCAUUUACGACUGCAAGUGGCAUCCUUGUUGGUGCCCUUAAGCCUGCGUUUGGGUCACUAGAGUGGAGCGAUGGGGAGCACCUUGUGAGAAGCCCAAUUGCAGUUGUUUGGCGUCUGUCUCCAUCUGCGGAAUCCAUGUGAGGUUUCAAAUUGGGGGAAAAGAAAGGAAUACCGGUAAAUCGCUCAGCCGCUGUGCAAUGAGGAGGUUGUUUUAGCUUUUGUAAAUAGUUAGCUGUAAGGAUCAAUCGUGAAGAACAAAUAGCUUUGCCCACGAACGCUUUUUAACCGGGAAGCGAGAGGAGUUGAUAGAACAAACGCUGCUCAAUGGUAGAGCUUGGUUGUUUCAGAGUAUGUCCGUCCGACAAGAAUUUGCUGUGCUAGAAAGUUCAUUCAUACCUCCCACCCAUGUUUGGAACUGGGAGGGCCUGAUGCCUGAAUUCCCUCGCAGCGUCCAUGUAUGUAUUUAUUAUUACUACCAGUUAAAUUGGAAUGCUACAUGUUACACCCCCUGAUAAAGGAAGCGCAUUAGUUUCCGUA